UCCAAAUCUCCAUUCCCUUUCUGCCUCUCCGCUUCUCCAUUCGGAUCCGGUGACGACUCCACCGCCGCGCCGGCGGCCUAUGCCGGGCGACCGCUGCUGGCGUGGGUUCGCCAUCCUUUAGUCUCUACGCCAGAGAGUGAGUGGAACUGGAUCCCCGAGGUUACCUUCGUCCUAAAGUAUUCGCCUUCCUUUGCCUGGCGAUGGACAUGAUGGUCUCGACGCGGGCGCCGGCGGGUUGGGAGGAGUCGUGAGAGCGAGGGGAGAGGGCGAUGGGGGUGAUAGUGAGGUAAAGGGCAGCGAGGAAGGCGGAAUGGGCAAGAUGAUGAAGAUGAGCAAGAAGUCGUGGUCGGCGGCGAGCCGCUUAGCGAUAACGGUCAGGGGAAUCGGGUGGCUUUUGCGGGGAGUCGGCAGGACGGCGACGUGCUUCACCUUGACCUGGAGGACACCACGGCAGAACGCCUCCAGCUCGCCGCCGCUGUGCGGGAUGAUCUGCUCCACUUCCGGUCCAGUAGCAUCCUGGUACGAGGGCCGGAUCAUGGUCUCCAUACGCCUCAAGAAAUCGAGGAAUCUACGUAGUGGCAGCCGCCAUUUGCUGAUGGCGCAGCGGUGGCGCUGUCGUCGGAUCCGUUCGGAGAAGAACGGGGAGGGAGGGAAGGGAACGGAGACGCCAUUACGGAGCUUGCAGUUGUGCGGCCCGGUCCGUUUUUUCGUCUCGGGAAACAGCUGACUGCAGAAGGAUCCACUCCUCUUUCUUUUGACCGCCAGGACUAUCGGAACCUGCCGCGCUUCCGUGUUCCUUCCUUCCUCCACGUCCAGCUCCGAACCGUAAACCUAACCCUGGAAAAAAAAGGGGAGGAAAUCGACCAAGCUUCCUCAAUUCCUGGAGAUCUGAGUUCUCUCAUCUGUGCAAAGGUGAAAUUUUUAUUAACUCUAGUUUAAAACAAUGGAAGCUGUGGGAUCUGGAGUUCCCCACCUCAAACUCUCUGGUUUUUGUCAUCAAAGAAUUAACAAUUCCCCAGAAUGGUCACCCCAUAGGAUGAGGGCUUUCACAUGCAAUGCCAUAUCUUCCUUCCCUUAUUUAGGGGAAGAUUCACAACGAAGCAAGCAACCAUUGGAGAUAGUUUCAGUCUCACAUCAUGCAUCAGCUGAUCGCAGUGGCAAUUUUACCGAAUCAUCUUUCCAAGCGCCAAUUAAGAACCGACAUCUAGUUGGAAAAGCAUUCUUUUCCAACAAAGCAUGUGCUUUUGAUGAAAAAAUUAUGCGAAUGCCUCUGGGUAUUUCACAAGAAAGGGUUGGGGUGCUACUUUUGAACCUUGGUGGUCCAGACACCCUUCAUGAUGUUCAGCCAUUUCUAUUCAAUUUAUUUGCUGAUCCAGAUAUAAUACGGUUGCCAAGGUUGUUUCGGUUUCUUCAGCGACCAUUAGCCCAAUUAAUAUCCAUGCUGAGAGCUCCAAAGAGUAAAGAGGGAUAUGCUGCUAUCGGUGGUGGGUCACCUUUACGAAGAAUCACAGAUGAGCAGGCACAUGCGCUGAAAAUAGCUCUGGAAGAGAAGAACUUGCAUGCAAAUGUUUAUGUUGCAAUGCGAUAUUGGCACCCCUACACCGAGGAUGCCGUUCGUCUGAUUAAAAAGGAUAACAUUACGAAGCUUGUCAUUCUCCCACUGUAUCCUCAAUUCUCCAUAUCUACAAGUGGGUCAAGCAUCCGUCUGCUUCAGAGUAUCUUCAGGAAAGAUGCUUACUUUGCAAGCUUGCCAAUUUCUAUCAUUGAAUCAUGGUAUCAAAGAGAAGGUUAUAUCAAAUCAAUAGCUGACUUGAUGGAGAAAGAGCUAUUAGGCUUCUCUAAGCCUGAAGAGGUUAUGAUAUUCUUCAGUGCUCAUGGAGUCCCACUCAGCUACGUGGAGGAUGCAGGAGAUCCGUACAAAGAUCAAAUGGAGGAGUGUAUUGCUUUGAUCAUGGAUGAGUUAAAAUCUAGAGGAAUUGCAAAUGACCAUACCCUUGCUUAUCAGAGCCGAGUUGGGCCCGUUCGGUGGUUGAAGCCUUAUACUGAUGAAGUUAUAGUUGAGCUUGGUCAGAAAGGUGUGAAAAGUCUUAUGGUUGUUCCUGUAAGCUUUGUGAGUGAGCAUAUUGAAACUCUUGAAGAAAUCGACAUGGAGUACAAGCAUUUGGCUCUACAGUCAGGCAUUGAGAAUUGGGGCAGGGUUCCAGCCCUUGGUUGCACCUCUUCUUUCAUCUCAGAUCUAGCAGAUGCAGUCAUAGAAGCUCUCCCUUUCGCUUCCACCACGUCAAGUGCAAAGGAUACAUCCAAAGAUGCUGACGUGGACCCAGUGCAAUAUGCAAUCAAAAUGUUUUUUGGGUCAAUCUUAGCCUUUAUUUUGCUGCUGUCUCCUAAACUGUUCUCUGCAUUCAAAAAUUCUGUUAUUUAAGUUUUUGGUUAUAUGGUUAGUCUUUCCUCAUUCUAUUAUGAAAACGGAUAGUGAUUGCAGUUGAUUGUUGUAAUAACAAACUCCUAACAAAUUUUGAAUGGAAAUAUAGAUGGUGCAAAAUCACCCUUUCAUGGUUUA